AUGUUUUGUGUGGCGCCAGCUGAAUUAGAAACCAAGAUGAACAUAACCAAAGGAGGCCUGGUGCUGUUUUCAGCAAAUUCUAAUUCAUCUUGUAUGGAGCUUUCAAAGAAAAUUGCUGAGCGGCUGGGGGUGGAAAUGGGCAAAGUGCAGGUUUACCAGGAACCUAACCGAGAAACAAGAGUACAAAUUCAGGAGUCCGUGAGGGGAAAAGAUGUUUUCAUCAUUCAGACUGUUUCCAAGGAUGUGAACACCACCAUCAUGGAGCUCCUGAUCAUGGUUUAUGCGUGUAAGACCUCUUGUGCCAAAAGCAUCAUUGGUGUGAUUCCCUACUUCCCUUACAGCAAACAGUGCAAGAUGAGAAAAAGAGGCUCCAUUGUUUCUAAAUUGCUGGCUUCAAUGAUGUGUAAAGCUGGUCUGACUCAUCUUAUUACUAUGGAUUUACAUCAAAAGGAAAUUCAGGGCUUCUUCAAUAUUCCUGUUGAUAAUUUAAGAGCGUCUCCCUUCUUAUUACAAUAUAUUCAAGAAGAGAUCCCGGAUUACAGAAAUGCAGUGAUUGUAGCCAAGUCUCCAGCCUCAGCCAAGAGGGCACAGUCUUUUGCUGAGCGCCUUCGACUGGGCAUUGCAGUGAUUCACGGAGAAGCUCAGGACGCUGAGUCCGACUUGGUGGAUGGACGGCAUUCCCCACCCAUGGUCAGGAGUGUGGCUGCCAUCCACCCCAGCCUGGAGAUCCCCAUGCUGAUUCCUAAAGAAAAGCCCCCAAUCACAGUUGUUGGUGAUGUGGGAGGAAGGAUCGCCAUUAUUGUGGAUGACAUUAUCGAUGAUGUGGACAGCUUUCUUGCUGCAGCAGAGACCCUGAAGGAGAGAGGGGCAUAUAAGAUCUUCGUGAUGGCAACGCAUGGCUUGUUAUCUUCCGAUGCCCCCCGGCUAAUUGAGGAAUCUGCCAUUGACGAGGUGGUGGUGACCAAUACGGUUCCACACGAAAUCCAGAAGCUCCAGUGCCCCAAGAUCAAAACUGUGGACAUCAGCAUGAUCCUCUCCGAAGCCAUCCGCCGGAUCCACAAUGGGGAGUCCAUGUCCUACCUUUUCAGAAACAUCGGCUUAGAUGACUGA